ACAAAAAAGGCGGGAAAGAGUAACAUUACAUCACGAUGCUUCAGUAGAAAAAAACGUGGCUGUCACAAUGUUGAUUACGUUAUUUGCAUUUUUAUUUACCUGGACCCCUUACGCCGUUAUUGGUAUGAUCAAAGUGUUUGGAUUUGAAUCCAGUAUCUAUAUAGCGAGGGAGAUCACUCUUAUACCACUUAUCACAGCCAAGACUGCUGGAUUUUGGAAUCCUUUUGUCUUCAGUUUCCGCAACCAAGCAGUACGUAAAGCGUUGGCGGGAAAAAUAAAAGCCAUCAAAAAUCAUUUAAGUUUCAAGAUUGUUUGGCGACAACAAAGAAAUAGAGUUACACCAGGAGUAGAAAAAAGUAGAUCCGAUGGGAUCGUAAGUUCGCCCAGAAAUCGCGUGAGUAUCUUCCAAGUAAGUUCUUCUUCCAAAGCAGACGGUAAAUUGGUACCACGAGAACCAACCGCUUCGAUACAGACGAUUCGUUCAACGGUUCACUUUUGUAACGAUUAUGUGACGUCAUCAGUUUAAUGGUGGUCGCGAUGUUGUA